AUGAGUGAAGUCCAUCGGAAGAAAAGAUCAUCAUGCAGUGAUGAAGAUGAAUCUUCUCGAUCUUCAUCAUCCGAUUCAAAGCAUACAGCAACUAAAAGGAAGUCAUCAUUAAACAAAACAAAAUCACACUCCAAGAAAAGAACGAGUUCUGAUCUUAAAUCCACCGAAAAAUCAAUGAUCAGAUCAUCAUCACAUAACAAUCUUGAUAAAGCCCUUUUAUCUGACAAGAAAUUGAUGUCGAAACAUUCUCGAAGAACUGUUUCUGAUAUUAGUCUUUCAAAUUCGACAGAUGAAAUAACAAACGAUUUAAAUGUUCCUAAUUCUUUGAUUAAAAACGCAGUAUCAGAUUCUGUAAAAAGUACAUCCCAUAAAUCCAGUCGCCAAACAUCAGUAAAUGAAGGAAAAAGCAAAACAGAAUCAUCUUCAGUUCGUAAAAACGUAACACAAAAGACCAAAUCUAAGAGGUUAAUUAGCAAAUCGAAAAAACGAAAAGCUUCAUCAUUACAUGAUUUCCUUAAUGGUGUAGAGAAAGAAAACGACCAACAAAAUCCGGUUAAACAAUCCAUAUUUAACCAAUCAAUGUUUAGAAGGAAAUCAGAAGACGACAUUGAAUCUCUUAGAACACCAGUUGCAGGUUUCUUGGAUUUCCAAUUACCUAUUAUUGACAUUCAUAAAGAUCUCGAGAUGGAAAGUGAAAUUUCAGAAAAAUUCUCUUUCCCAUGUAUUCUCGAGAAGUUACACAGAACUUUAGCUCUCUAA